AUAAAGAUAAUGAUGGGAUUUUUAUUGAAUAAAGCCAUAAUGUUAAAGAAGCUUAAAUAGGACACAUGUUGUAUGCUUGAGCUAGUAUUAUACAUACAUAUGGAUAUGGAUUCUUCCAAGGCCUUCUUCUCCCACUCCUCCUUCAAAGCAUCCAUAGCCAAGACACUCUUCUUCCGUGCACUCUUCCUUGCCUCUGCUAUCUCCUUGCUUUCCUUGCUCCGAUUCCUUCCUACUCUCCACUUCCUCUCAGCCUCACUCGCCCCCGAAACACACCUUCAAUGUCUCAACCAAAACACUUCUGGCUCUUACUUGUUCCAGAGCAGGGUCUACAACUCCUUCUGGGACUCCUUCAACUGCAUCAACCAUGCCAACUUCACUACCUCUGCUGUCAAUCACCUAUUGCGUAACCACUUCUUGAACCGUAAAGCUACCUCCCUCUGCGUUGGACAACCCUCACCAAUGCCUGCUGUCUCUGCAAUGCGACAACUUGGCUUCACUAGUGUCACCGCUGUCUCCCUAAGGCACAACACACUCGUCUGUCAGCUUCAGUAUCAGGACUCUUCCUUUGACUUCGUCUUCACCAAGGAUGUGGACAAGGUUUCAGUGCCUGCAUUGCUGCUGCUUGAGGUGGAGCGGGUCCUCAAGCCUGGGGGAAUCGGCGCACUGCUUGUACGUCCCAAUCAUUCUCCUUCUUCUUCCUCAGUUUCAUCCAUGUUGAGAUCUUCAAGUGUUGUGGAUGUCACUCUUGUCAAGGGCCUUACCCUUGUGGUUUUCAAGAAAAGAAGCUCUUCUGCAUUCUUCGAUCACCACCUUCAAGGAGACUGUCCAAGUUUGAACUCCACCAAGCCUCUUAUAGAGCUCAUGGAGCCUCUUGCUGAUGAGGAAACAUCUCAAGAGCAUGAGAAAAGAAUCUCAUACUUGCCUAAGUUUGUGAACAUGUCUAAUAGGAAGAGAUUGGUGUACAUGGACAUUGGAGUUGGUGGGGUGCCUAAGAAUGUUACUAAUUGGUUCUUUCCAUCUUACCCCAUUGAUUUUAGAGAUUUCAAUGUCUACUUUGUUCACUACAAUACUUCCAUCUUGUUGUCUCAUGUGAAAAGGCCUGGCAUAACCUUCGUUUAUCAUCCGGGGUUGUCCUCGUCCUCCAAGGGUGAAGAGUUUGACUUCCAUGCAUGGUUCAAAGAGACAGUGCAGGAUGCUGAUUUUGUGGUGUUGAAGAUGAAUGCAGGGAAUGUUGAAAUGAAGUUUCUAAGGGAUAUGUUUGAAAGUGGAGCCAUAUGCUUUGUUAAUGAAUUGUUUCUCAGCUGCUCAGAAAACAAGGAAGAAAAAGGUUGCAUGGAUAUUUACAAGGAACUCAGAGAUAGUGGUGUCUAUGUUCAUCAAUGGUGGGAAGCAGAUGAGUUGCAUCAAGGGUCUAACAAGGUGGUUGAUGUUCGGUAAUUAUUGAGUUUUCAGAUUCUGUGUUCAUGGUUUAUUUGAUUACAGAAAGCACUUUAAGUAUUUAGUGUUGCCAUUGUGUACUACUUUAUCUAAUGUUAUGACUUAUGAAUAUCCACGUUACUUUAUAAAUGGUUUGUGUAACUUACUUGGGUUUUGAUGGCAACUGUAAAUUUCCUGGAUCAUGAAAUGCGAAUAAUUCCUGGUACAAAUUAAUGAAGGUUACUAAUCUAUUGAAAUGCUUAUAAAUGUUAGGUAUUGAUGAUACUUGUGUAAUUUGUGACGAAUCAAUUUUGACAAUAAAAUAUCGCUAUUUACUUUACUCUUCCACUUUGGAUAUUGUGGUCAUGAUGAAGCUAUUUACCGACAAGGAUGUGAUGUAGUCGUAAAAGUAGAGAAAACUUAGAUUCGAAACAAAGGCUAACUAUAUUCGAAAAGGGAUUAGUCUCCUGAGAAGCAAAAAAUAAAUGAAAUCAUAGAUACAUACAUACAUAUAACAAAAUGAUGGCAUCCAAAGAAAUGAGAAAAGCAUUCAAUUAUAUUUUUGAAGGGAAGCCAAAAUCAAAUAAGCAUGGUGGAGGCAUUAGCUUACAAACUCAGGUGCAAUGCCAGC